GUCCACCAUUUAUUCCUUUUUCAGUGGUCGAAGUGUUUGUAUAUAAAGAGCUUCUCAAUAAGCCAUUACUUCAAGGGUUCUUUCAAGUACUUCAUCAUUAUAUCAUCCAAAUUCAGCAUAUUUUUCCCAUUUUAUUUAGCAAUUUAAGAAAACAUGAGCAGGCCAGGAGAUUGGAACUGCAGGUCAUGCCAACACCUCAACUUCCAAAGGAGGGACAACUGCCAACGUUGCGGUGAAUCUCGAUACGGUGUUAGAGUCGGCUCGACAUUCGGGUUUACCGCAGGCUCGGACGUUCGACCUGGUGACUGGUAUUGCACGGCUGGAAACUGCGGCACCCACAAUUUCGCCAGCCGGUCUACUUGUUUCAAUUGCGGCGCGUUCAAGGACGAGUCGGCUGGAGGUUUCGACUUGGACAUGUCUCGAUCAAGAGGGUUCGGAGGUAACCGAUCCGGCUGGAAGUCAGGGGAUUGGAUAUGUACCAGGUUAGGGUGCAAUGAACAUAAUUUUGCUAGCAGAAUGGAAUGCUUCAGAUGCAGUGCUCCAAGAGAAUUCAACAAUAGAACUUCAUAUUAAAUCACAUGCAUGCUACUAUAUCCAUUUUUGGGUGUUUUGAGGCAAUUAAUAGGAGAUUAUAAUGAGACAAUGUUACUGGCUUUGAUGAUGAACACCACAAGCAUUUUGUCAUGUUUCUUUGAUAAGAUUCAUGGCAAUGUAGUACUUUUUCUUGUGAUGAUUAUUUAUGGUUUCAAUUCUAUGGUUUUAUUGUCUUUUAUUUUAGAGAGUUUUAUUUAUAUUUUUGUAAUGGUGCUUUGGCUUUAUUAAAAGAA